CUUACGUGUUUUCAGACUCGGGCUCCGUGCCUGACACCUCGAACGAAAUGCCUGGUGAACCAUUGCCGAUGCAGCUAGACAACAUGUUCUACGACACAUUUAAACUCCCCUCCUCCUCCUGCUUCUCCCGCGUCUAUUCUCCAAUUUCCCAAGCCAAAUUUCUUGCCCCCGGCCCCUUGCAUGCGCUCAUACUGGAAGCCAGCAUUUGCAUAAAGCGAUAUUGCCCAGACUCUUCAUCCAUGGUGGCUGAGCUUGGAGAUGGCGAUCAGGCCGCUCAGCUGGCUAUCCAUGUGGGGAAGAAGAGGAAAUCCAUGGCUUCCAAGGUGGGCAGAGAAGGCAAAUGCAAGAAUGGAAACAAAAACGGGGAAGGGGUGAUGAAGAAGCCCAAAGCUGCAAGGAAGGAGAAGAAGAAGGUCCAGCUGGAGGAGCCUCGAAGUGGUUAUGUUCAUGUGAGAGCAAGGCGGGGUGAAGCCACAGACAGCCAUAGCCUUGCGGAAAGGGUACGAAGACAGAAAAUCAGCGAGAGAAUGAAGCUUUUGCAGUCCCUUGUUCCUGGGUGUGACAAGAUAACUGGCAAGGCUCUUAUAUUGGACGAGAUUAUCAACUACGUGCAGUCCUUGCAGAAUCAAGUUGAGUUCCUCGUGAUGAAGCUUGCUUAUGUGAACACCCACCCAGUGUUGAGUGAUUUAGACGCUAAUGCCCCCGGAUCAGAGAACUGGUGCUACAUGGAACCGCCGCCAUUGCCAUCGGCCCCACAGCAGUCUGAGUCCAUGGAGAGGGGCAUCUUUUUCUCUCAGGAUGAUGGAGAUCUAUCAGGGAACAUGGAUGAUCAGACACGAAAUAUUGCAAAUUAUUACGCCCAUCAUAGCUUGUGAUCUUGAUUUCCAGUACAGUACAAACUGUCAACUCUGAAUGGAAUCACAUUAAGAUUUUUAUAUGUUAUAUGUAAGUAUAUCUUGCUUUCUAAAACCUUAAUCGAUGGCAUUAAUAUUAUUUGGCUGCAAUAUUUUAUGAAUUUUCUCUUUAUAUUUUUGUUUCUGCAAUGGAAAUUAGUUUGUUGCAUUAAUUUAUAUGUGUUUUGUAGGCAAUGGAAGAUCCAUAAAUUUAUAUAUAUAUAUAUAUAUAUGUGCGUGUAUGUGUAGCCAUGGGGAAGGGAAAGCAGAGACGACAAGCAGGAAGAUCCAAGAUUAGAACUGCGUGCCUCUUCCAGCUUUCUUCCUCAAUGACUAUGACUUGUUGAUCUCCAUUUGUCUCUUUGAUUGCAAAGCUCCAAAAGGAGAGAGAGAGAGAGAGAGAGAGAGAGAGAGAGAGAGAGAGAGAGAGUACAUGCAUGUGCCAUGUACUUGUAAUGAGAGAGAGAGAGAGAGAGAGAGAGAGAGUAUGUAUGCAUGUACUUGUAAUCAGAGUAUAUAUUAUAUGGUAUUGCUUUGCAUUGAA